AUGUUGUCGGCGGAAAGGGGAGUCUGUAUACUAUUUACCAUGUUGAUCGCUUUGACGACGCACUGUAAUGGCACAAUUCUCGACACUGAAAAGCUGAGGAACGAACUCUUCAAUUUGGCAUACAGUGGACUUGGUGUACAGAAAAUGCAGGACCAUUUUGAUUCAUUACGCUUUGGACCAUUGUCAUUGGCUGGUGAUGACGUCAUCGAACAGAUGGAGCUAGCAAUACGACAGAAAAUUGUAUCCACGGUUAAAGCUAUAGAAAAUAUCCGUGAAAGCGUGGAAAAAUCUUUUGAACAAACGGAAAUCGCGUUUACGCCUUGUUGUGAAAUACCCAACGACCUGGAGUUCAAUACGGCGUUUGGCAAGUCGUUAGAUCCACGCAUCGGCUGCACAAGGAUUGCUGACAACGCAGAUCCAAAUCCAAGAUUUCUUUCAAACGAGGUCAUUGAUGUCAUGAAGGAGAAUUAUAAUUCAUUUUCAAAUCUCAAAUGGCAAUAUUUCGGCAGCGAGGAGGGUAUAUUUACAAUCUAUCCCGCUUCUCUGAUUGAUGAUUGCGCCAACUACGACCACAGAUUCAGACCGUGGUAUGUGGAAGCUGCAACACCGGAACCUAAGAAUGUUGUUAUUGUAAUUGAUACAAGUGGAUCGAUGGCUAAUCUGCACUCUGGGAAAAGUUUGAUAAACAUAGCAAUAGAUGCUGCCAUCACAGUACUUGACACCAUGAAUCCGAAUGAUAAGGUUGGGGUGAUAGCAUUUUCAGAUGAACUGAAGUUGCCACCUAAGAUCGGAGACGCCAGCUGUUAUGCAAAUGAACUGGCAUUAGCUACAACAAUCAAUAUACAAAAUUUAAAGCAAUUUGUAUUGUCCUUGGUAGCUAGGGGAGGAACACACUACGGCAAAGCAUUUGAUGCAGCGUUUAAUUUGCUGAAAGAAUCGUACACACUGGAUGCCGACAACGAACGGGACCAGGUCAUUAUUUUUCUGACUGAUGGUGAACCUCUUGAUGACAAGACAAGCAUAAUGAGGAAAAUCCGUUCAAAUAAUGAAGAAAUGGAGAAUAAAGUGACCAUUUUGACUUUUGGUCUCGGUUUAGAUUCUGGGAUCAAUUUCCUUGAAGAUAUCGCAGUUCAAAACUAUGUCAAUCAUGGACUAGAUGCACCAGGUGUAUUUACUCACGUGACUGAUUACACUCUAUUGCGCAGUAAAAUGGCUAGAUAUUAUGAUUAUUUUGCAAACUUUGACAGACUGACUGAUGAGCCCAUAUUUUCAGUUCCAUACCAAGAUGGAUUUGGACUUGGAAUGAUGACAACAGCAGCGAUACCUGUGAAAUAUGCUAAUGAACUAAAGGGAGUGAUAGGUGUAGACAUAACUUUAAGUGAUCUGUUAGAGGAUGUUACUUUCUUCACGGGCGGAGAUAAUUCAUACGCAUUUGUUUUUGAAGCCAAUACAUAUGCAAACGGACGCACAUUGCUUCAUCCGCUAUUACCGUCCCCGUUAGUCAUCAAAGACGAACCGGUCAUUGGUUCCAACUAUGUUGUAUGUUUUGUAGAAGCUGUCGGUGAUUACAAAGUCGAGCUCCUAGAGCAGAGUUCCCCGGCAAAUAACCAAUCAACUGUUAAGUUUGCACCAAGAGCUUUUAUUAGUCCCGCUGAAUAUCUUAAAUAUGAAGAAACCGAAUCUAUUAUAGAACAGUACCAAGACUACAUGAAAGAUGCGUCAUUUAUAAACACACAUUUUAAGGAUGGGAUUCGUGACGCUGUGUUAAUUACAGCUGCAGUGAAUGACAUUUGGAAGAGCGAUGACGCUACUGGAUACGAACACUACACCCUGUUUCGUUACAUGGGGACUAGGAACGGUGUUUACCGCCAGUUACCUGGGAUUUCCAUGAGUAAAUUGCACGACACUACAAUACGACCCUGGUAUGAAAGAGCAAAACACAAUGCAGACAUACUGACAUUGUCAGUGCCUUACGUAGAUGCUAAUGGGGCUGGCGAGGUUAUAGCGCUAAGCAAAGCCAUCACUGAAAGUAUAAGUUCACCUACGUCAACUAAUGUGCUAGCUGUUAUGGGUAUGGAUUUCACGAUUUCCUAUUUCUACAAUAUGCUGAUUAAGCACUACCCUGAAUGUGAAGAGAUCGGUAACAGUUGCUUUGUCAUGGACAGUAGUGGAUUUUUAGUUAUACAUCGAGACUUCACCGAGGCCGAUUCUGAUGUGAGUGAUAUCCAUAUUAUGGAAAAGGAACCAAAUGUUGCCGAAGACCUGUUAGAGAAAGGUAUUCUUCAAAAGCAGCAAUGUGUGGAUUUUCAGAUGAUUAAAAACCUGAAUUACUAUAUGACAAGGCACGUUGGUUCGACAUCGAGUAUUGACAAUAUGGACGAUACAGAUGUAUGUAAACGCUAUAAACUUGCUCAUGUCCAAGAUACAAACGUCUAUCUGGGUAUUGUACGCAAGUUAAAUAGAUGCAAUCGAUACUGUCCUUGUUAUUAUGCAGACUGUCAGUAUACAGCCCUUGAGCGUGAAUGCGAGUGUCCGUGUUUAUCGCUAACAGAAUACGAAUACUGUAAAGACCAGUUCUCGUUCACAAGUGAUGAUGAACCGACUUGUCUUCCACCAAGACCAUCGUUAUCUCUCGUUAUUGAGGAAACCAGUCGUUAUAGGGGUUUAGAUCAAUGUUAUGACGUCGAGUGUGACGUCAAGCAAACUGCAAGUGAAUGCAACGCGUAUGUCAGUUGCAAGUGGAAUCGUGAAGACGAGGCAUGCGCAGACAUGUUUUCCGCAGUUGAUGAUGACGUUUCAAAUACACUCCGUACAGCAGUAAUCGUCACUGUCGUUGCGCUGGUGUUGUGUGUCCUGGUUGCGAUCAUUCUUGUGGUCAAGUUUAGGCACAAAGGUAACAUUAACGAGCCGAACACUAUGGAUAACUAUCCCCAAAGGCCGAUACCACCAAGUGCGCCGGUACCAAGCACGACCUACGCAACGCCAGACUAUAUAACGAUAAUCAAUGAUUAG